AUGAGUUGCUUUCAUAAUUGUUCAUUGAGAUAUUUGGUAAAAUAUUUAUGUGAAUCCAUUCAUGAAAGGCACUUCAUAAUUAAUAUUCAAUGGAUUACUUUCAUACGGUUUCUGUUAGCCGACUCUAUUGAAUGUCAAAUUAGUUAUGAAUGGCUCGAUGAUAGUGCUCAUGGCGUUCGGUUCUCAGGAAACUAUCAAGAUGCUAUUAUUGUAAUCAAUAAUCUUAAGGCAUACGGGAUUGCUGCUGCGCCUUACGAUAAGCCAAUACAAUGCAUUGAACGAUAUCCCGAUACUAAUCAAUAUGUUUAUAGCUUAGCAACGGUGCUCAAUCUCGACGAUCGAGAUUUGCAUCAAACUUAUACAUUCGUUCAAGUAGCAGAAGAUCUUCAAACAGCUGAUGUUAUUUUUAGUCUCAUUCGUGUAAACAAAUCGUCAUGCAACGUUCAAUGGGCUCAUGAUGAUUAUAUUGAAGAAUUUCUAUGUGAUAGACAAGCAUGUUUUCGUAAGAAUGUUCGUCUUCGUGUUGUUGAUGAUACUUUGUUAAGAGUAACGAAACAUUUUACAAGAGAAGAUACUCGAAUGAAUUGUACCAAAGUCGACAAUUUACUUCAUGAUUUGGGCCAAGAAUUGAAACUGAAUAUGGUUUUAAGUGUUUCCGGUGUUGCAACACAACAUAAACAUGCAAGUAAAAAUUUAGCUACGCAAUUACAUAGAUAUGCAUUCGAUUAUGCACGAGAUGUACGAGGAUUUCAAUAUGCAUUUGUACCAACGACGCAUCCAGUAAUGCAUAAUAUCUAUGUUAAAAAGUUGAAUGGAAAAGAAAUGAAGAUUGUCGAUCCAGCACUUUGGGUAUGGAAGAAGAAAGAUGAUGGUUUAUCAUGUCCAUUUAAAGAUCAUAAAGGAGAAUCAGUGACCAAUAUUUUUGUCGACUUGAACAGAGAAAAAUAA